UGACGUGUACAGAAUGCAGACGUCAGUGCUUGAACGAACAAAAGUUGCAAGGGCUCUUCUAGCUUUAGAAGAUGGUAAACUACAGGGGUUUAAUGGUCGCGACCUUUCGUCGGUCAGCCUUGAUGAAUUGCCUGAACCUGAACCUGAACCUUACAAAGCAGGGUCAUUUGAAGAAUUGUCUGAACCAGACAACAGCUAUGAGGAUGUUCCUGAAGUUGAAACAGAAGCUGUACAGAAGCCUCAUGCAUGUACAGGAUCAAAAAAACGAUGGUCGAAAGAGGAGGAGAGUGCUCUACGGGAAGCCUUUGACAUUCAGAUAAAAAUGCAGAAAAACGUUUCAACAAUGGAGAUCAGGAAAGCACAGAAGUGUUAUCCUGUGUUGCAAGACAGAUCAGAAGCUGUUAUUCGGACAAAAAUAAACAACAUCAAAUUAGGAAAAUACAAAAAAAUAUGAACUGAAUUCAACCACUGCUAGAUAAGGGUAAUUUAAAAAAAAAUUAAAGCCAUUGGUUUACAGUUGUAUGAUCAUGAACAUUUCUUGUGUCAGAAUGCCGAAAUUGAUGAGUGAAUUGGACUUUGCAAAGACAUGUGUUUUUGAAAUUAUAAAUGACUUUCACUGUUUAGUUUUCGCAGUGACCUUUGGAGGAAAUUGCUUUUCCAAUCAAUAACUGGAGAACCGUUGGGCCAAGCUUUGUGAAACUUAAUAGGAAGGUUUGUUUUUUUGUUGACCUCUAUUGUUUUUAGGUGACUAGGUCAAAGGUCAAAGUGACCUUGUAUGUUCAAACACUGUGAAAGAGUUGGGCCUAAGUUAAAGAAACAUAGUGUAGUUGGCUGUGACCAGUAGAUGGCACCUAUGAAUUAUUCAAAUAAUAUAUUUUGGUCAAAACCAACACAAGACAAAAAUGGAGUGUAGACGAAGUUGCUGAAAUAAAGGAGUAUUUUAAGACUUAUUUGGAUUCUGGCAUAACACCUAGAAACAAAGAAGUACAGUUGGCCAUGGCAAAAAGCAGGAAGAACAACGGCAUUCUUUGGAUGAGAAAAGCACAUCUCAUUAUUAAGAAGAUCAGCAACUUGAACAAAGACAAACGAAAAAUGUCUGUUAUCCAUUGUUUCCAUUCAUAGGGUAUCAACAUUUACUGUGUUUUUAUGCCCAUCCGUGUCAGUGAAACAUUUUUAGUUUCAAAUUUGAAAUACAAGCCACUUGAAGCAUAGAAGGCUUAAGAAAAACAGCCAUAUGGACUAGCUUAUAUCCAGAUUUGUUACACAUUUUUUUUUAUGCUUUUAAUUUCUAUAACAUUUUAGUGUGCACUUAAUUUUACUGUUUAUGUAUUGUCAUUUGAUAUUGAGACAUAUUGGAAAUUAUAAACUUAUUGUGAAAGGUA